GUGGCCAAAUAAAAAAAAGCGUUGCUUUGCUUGCGUCUCGUUUUAGCAAAAAACGCGGAAAAGAAGUGAAAAUAUUUGUGUACAAUUGUUAACGAUAUCAGUGUGGGAGUGAGAGUGUGUGGCGCUGUCUCACUCGCGCACCUUUAGGAGGAAGCGCGCGUGCAAAAAAAACCUCAUUUGUGGCUGUGCCCGUGGCUGACUAAGUGGCUGGCUGGCUGGCUAGUUCCUGUGUCUCGACGACGUCUACAACGGAUACAACGAAUUGCAAUUUGCAAUGAGUACCACAACAGAUUCCAAAGCGCCUUUGCGCCAGGUGAAGCGCGUACAGUUUGGCAUUUUAUCACCCGAUGAAAUUCGUCGAAUGUCUGUGACCGAGGGCGGUGUGCAAUUUGCAGAGACCAUGGAGGGCGGUCGUCCCAAACUGGGCGGCCUUAUGGAUCCUCGCCAGGGUGUUAUUGAUCGCACUUCUCGUUGUCAGACCUGUGCCGGCAAUAUGACGGAAUGUCCGGGCCAUUUUGGUCACAUCGAUUUGGCCAAACCUGUUUUUCACAUUGGAUUCAUCACGAAAACCAUAAAAAUCUUACGUUGCGUUUGUUUCUAUUGCUCAAAAAUGCUUGUCUCGCCGCACAAUCCCAAGAUCAAGGAAAUUGUGAUGAAAUCAAAGGGACAGCCACGUAAACGCUUGGCCUAUGUCUAUGAUUUGUGCAAGGGCAAGACCAUUUGCGAGGGCGGUGAAGACAUGGAUCUGACAAAGGAGAAUCAACAACCCGAUCCAAACAAGAAACCCGGUCAUGGCGGUUGUGGACAUUUUCAGCCAUCGAUACGACGAACUGGACUCGAUCUAACAGCCGAAUGGAAACAGGUGGCCGAGGCGUCGCAAGAGAAAAAGAUCAUUGUUUCGGCGGAACGUGUUUGGGAGAUAUUGAAACAUAUCACCGAUGAGGAGUGCUUCAUAUUGGGCAUGGAUCCAAAGUAUGCUCGACCUGAUUGGAUGAUUGUUACCGUACUGCCUGUACCCCCGUUGGCCGUUCGUCCGGCUGUUGUUAUGUUUGGGGCAGCUAAGAAUCAAGAUGAUUUAACCCAUAAAUUGGCCGAUAUUAUCAAGGCAAAUAAUGAACUUCGCAAGAAUGAGGCCAGUGGAGCGGCGGCUCAUGUGAUUCAGGAGAAUAUCAAAAUGCUGCAAUUCCAUGUGGCCACUCUGGUCGAUAACGAUAUGCCUGGAAUGCCUCGGGCUAUGCAAAAGUCCGGUAAACCCCUCAAAGCCAUCAAAGCACGUUUAAAGGGCAAGGAGGGACGUAUUCGAGGUAAUCUGAUGGGAAAACGUGUGGAUUUCUCUGCACGUACUGUCAUCACUCCGGAUCCCAAUUUGCGUAUCGAUCAGGUUGGCGUCCCACGUUCGAUAGCCCAGAAUUUAACGUUCCCGGAAUUGGUGACCCCCUUCAAUAUUGAUCGCAUGCAGGAGCUGGUGCGUCGUGGUAAUUCACAAUAUCCGGGUGCCAAGUAUAUAGUACGAGAUAAUGGUGAACGUAUUGAUUUGCGCUUUCAUCCCAAAUCUUCGGACUUGCAUCUGCAAUGCGGCUACAAAGUGGAAAGGCAUCUACGCGAUGAUGAUUUGGUUAUAUUCAAUCGUCAGCCCACUUUGCACAAAAUGAGUAUGAUGGGGCAUCGUGUUAAAGUCUUACCCUGGUCCACAUUCCGUAUGAAUUUGUCUUGUACUUCGCCCUACAAUGCCGAUUUUGACGGCGAUGAAAUGAAUCUGCAUGUCCCCCAGUCGAUGGAAACACGUGCCGAGGUCGAAAAUAUCCAUAUAACGCCCAGACAGAUUAUCACACCACAGGCCAAUAAGCCGGUAAUGGGUAUUGUGCAGGAUACACUGACUGCAGUUCGUAAAAUGACCAAACGUGAUGUCUUCAUAACCCGUGAGCAAAUGAUGAACUUGUUGAUGUUCCUGCCGACAUGGGAUGGUAAAAUGCCUCAGCCUUGUAUUCUGAAGCCACGACCCAUGUGGACGGGCAAGCAGAUCUUCUCGCUCAUUAUACCCGGCAAUGUCAAUAUGAUACGCACUCAUUCUACGCAUCCCGACGAGGAGGAUGAUGGGCCAUAUAAAUGGAUAUCACCGGGAGAUACCAAAGUAAUGGUCGAGCAUGGUGAACUCAUUAUGGGUAUCUUGUGUAAAAAGACUUUGGGUACAUCAGCUGGAUCCCUGUUGCAUAUCUGUUUCCUCGAAUUGGGUCACGAUAUUGCUGGACGAUUUUAUGGUAACAUUCAGACCGUCAUUAAUAAUUGGCUACUCCUCGAGGGUCACAGUAUUGGUAUUGGUGAUACCAUUGCUGAUCCUCAGACAUAUAACGAGAUCCAAAUGGCCAUCAAGAAGGCCAAAGACGAUGUCAUAAACGUUAUCCAAAAGGCCCAUAAUAUGGAACUGGAUCCCACGCCGGGUAACACCUUGCGUCAGACAUUCGAGAAUAAAGUGAAUCGUAUUCUGAACGAUGCUCGUGACAAAACUGGUGGUUCAGCCAAGAAGUCCCUCACAGAAUACAACAAUCUAAAGGCUAUGGUGGUGUCCGGAUCCAAAGGUUCCAAUAUUAAUAUCUCUCAGGUUAUUGCUUGUGUGGGCCAACAGAACGUGGAGGGCAAACGUAUACCAUACGGAUUCCGAAAGCGUACUCUACCACAUUUCAUUAAGGAUGAUUACGGUCCCGAGUCUCGCGGCUUUGUGGAGAACUCGUAUCUUGCCGGCCUGACGCCAUCCGAAUUCUAUUUCCAUGCCAUGGGUGGACGUGAAGGUCUGAUUGAUACCGCUGUAAAGACAGCUGAAACUGGUUACAUCCAACGUCGUCUGAUCAAAGCUAUGGAGUCGGUUAUGGUCAACUAUGAUGGAACUGUGCGUAACUCGGUGGGUCAGUUGAUUCAGUUGCGUUACGGCGAAGAUGGUCUAUGCGGUGAAUUGGUCGAGUUCCAAAAUAUGCCCACGGUCAAGCUAUCAAACAAAUCAUUCGAGAAACGCUUCAAAUUCGAUUGGACCAAUGAACGUUAUAUGCGCAAAGUUUUCACCGACGAGGUGAUCAAAGAGAUGACCGACAGCAGUGAUGCCAUACAAGAAUUGGAGUCCGAAUGGGAUCGCCUGGUAGUGGAUCGUGACAGUUUGCGUCAAAUAUUCCCGAAUGGUGAUUCCAAGGUUGUCCUGCCUUGCAAUCUGCAGCGCAUGAUAUGGAAUGUGCAGAAGAUCUUUCAUAUAAAUAAGCGUCUGCCCACGGAUUUGUCGCCCAUGCGCGUCAUCAAGGGUGUUAGAGGGCUCCUGGAACGUUGUGUCAUUGUGACGGGCAAUGAUCGUAUCUCUAAGCAGGCUAAUGAGAAUGCCACAUUGCUAUUCCAGUGUCUGGUUAGAUCGACGCUUUGCACCAAAUACGUGUCCGAGGAGUUUCGCCUUUCGACGGAGGCCUUCGAGUGGUUGAUCGGUGAAAUUGAGACACGUUUCCAACAGGCUCAGGCCAAUCCAGGUGAAAUGGUUGGAGCCUUGGCCGCCCAAAGUUUGGGUGAGCCCGCCACACAGAUGACAUUGAACACUUUCCAUUUUGCUGGUGUGUCAUCGAAGAACGUAACAUUGGGUGUGCCGCGUCUCAAGGAGAUUAUCAAUAUAUCCAAGAAACCAAAGGCUCCAUCUCUAACGGUGUUCCUCACAGGAGGCGCUGCCCGCGAUGCUGAGAAGGCCAAGAAUGUGUUGUGCCGCUUGGAGCACACCACAUUGCGUAAGGUCACCGCCAACACGGCCAUUUAUUACGAUCCUGAUCCCCAGCGUACGGUCAUAUCGGAAGAUCAAGAGUUCGUUAAUGUCUACUAUGAAAUGCCUGAUUUCGAUCCGACUCGCAUAUCACCUUGGCUGCUGCGUAUAGAAUUGGAUCGCAAGCGGAUGACAGAUAAGAAAUUAACCAUGGAACAGAUUGCUGAGAAGAUUAAUGUCGGAUUCGGCGAGGAUCUGAAUUGCAUUUUCAAUGACGACAAUGCCGAUAAAUUGGUCCUACGAAUUCGUAUUAUGAAUAACGAGGAGAACAAAUUCCAAGACGAAGAUGAGGCCGUCGAUAAGAUGGAAGAUGAUAUGUUCUUGCGUUGCAUCGAGGCCAAUAUGUUAUCCGAUAUGACAUUGCAGGGUAUCGAAGCUAUUGGUAAGGUGUAUAUGCAUUUGCCUCAAACCGAUAGCAAGAAACGUAUCGUUAUAACCGAAACGGGAGAGUUCAAGGCGAUUGGUGAAUGGCUACUGGAAACUGAUGGUACGUCCAUGAUGAAAGUUCUCUCCGAACGGGAUGUGGAUCCCAUAAGAACCUCAUCGAACGACAUUUGUGAGAUAUUCCAAGUGCUGGGCAUUGAGGCUGUGCGUAAAUCAGUUGAAAAGGAAAUGAAUGCGGUUCUGCAGUUCUAUGGUCUUUACGUGAACUAUCGGCAUUUGGCUUUGCUGUGCGAUGUUAUGACAGCCAAGGGACAUUUGAUGGCCAUCACACGUCACGGCAUCAAUCGACAGGAUACUGGCGCUCUAAUGAGAUGUUCCUUCGAGGAGACGGUGGAUGUGCUCAUGGACGCUGCCGCUCAUGCUGAAACUGAUCCUAUGCGCGGUGUCUCUGAAAACAUUAUAAUGGGACAAUUGCCCAAAAUGGGUACAGGAUGCUUCGAUCUGCUGCUCGAUGCCGAGAAAUGUCGAUUCGGCAUUGAGAUACCGAACACACUGGGCAGCGCAAUGAUGGGCGGUGCUGCCAUGUUUAUUGGAGGCGGUUCCACGCCUAGCAUGACACCGCCAAUGACACCUUGGGUGAACUGUAAUACACCGAGGUACUUCUCUCCGCAAGGACAUGCCAGCUCCAUGACUCCGGGAGGACCAAGCUUCUCACCGGCUGCAGCCUCAGAUGCCUCUGGCAUGUCACCCAGUUGGUCACCGGCUCAUCCAGGAUCCUCGCCAAGUUCACCGGGACCCUCUAUGUCACCAUACUUCCCCACUUCGCCCAGCGUGUCGCCGUCGUAUUCACCAACUUCACCGAACUACACAGCCUCUUCACCAAGUGGUGGAGCUUCACCCAAUUAUUCACCAUCGAGUCCGAACUAUUCACCGACUUCGCCGCUAUAUGCGGCCACAAGUCCACGUUACGCAUCGACAACGCCCAACUUUAAUCUACAAUCCACUGGCUAUUCGCCCUCAUCGUCGGGCUAUUCUCCCACAUCGCCAGUUUACUCGCCCACAUCGAAUUUCCAGUCAAGUCCAUCGUUUGCCGGCAGUGGCAGUAACAUGUACUCCCCGGGAAAUGCGUACUCGCCCUCCUCGUCAAAUUACACACCGAAUUCGCCAUCAUAUUCGCCCACUUCUCCGUCAUAUUCACCCUCGUCGCCUUCGUACUCGCCCACUUCUCCUUGUUAUUCACCCACGUCGCCGUCAUAUUCGCCAACCUCGCCAAACUAUACCCCUGUCACGCCCUCCUAUUCGCCCACCUCUCCAAACUAUUCGGCAUCACCGCAUUAUUCGCCCGCUUCGCCGGCGUAUUCGCAAACCGGCGUCAAAUACUCGCCAACUUCACCGACAUAUUCGCCGCCAUCGCCAUCGUACGAUGGUUCGCCCGGUUCGCCACAAUAUACACCCGGUUCGCCGCAAUAUUCACCAGCUUCGCCCAAAUAUUCACCCACUUCACCGCUCUAUUCCCCAAGCUCGCCGCAGCACUCGCCCUCCAAUCAAUACAGUCCGACUGGUUCGACAUACUCCGCCACAAGUCCACGGUAUUCUCCAAAUAUGUCGAUCUAUUCACCGAGUAGCACAAAAUAUUCCCCCACAUCCCCAACCUAUACGCCAACGGCACGAAAUUAUUCACCCACAUCGCCCAUGUACUCCCCGACAGCGCCCUCUCACUAUAGUCCCACGAGUCCCGCGUAUUCGCCAAGCAGUCCCACAUUUGAGGAGAGUGACGAUUAAAUUUUUUAGUAAAUUUCUUUAUUUUUUUUUCCCCCCAAAUAUUUUGAU